GUUUCCGGGGUGACAACUCGGCUUCCGGCGGCGUGCUCUGAGCGCGCCGAGCCCGCAGGUGCGGCGACCGGAAGCGUCUGUGUUUGCAACGGAGACUGUUAGGCCUUUUAGAAACAUUUCGAUCAUGUCUGACACUCAAGAAGCUACCAGUGAGCACCUGGAUAUGAACUUUGAUGAGGACAAGAACCCUGUGCCUGUGACAGAAAGGGGUGUCAGAAGUGAGUCUGAGCAUCUCCAAGUCACUAUUGGGGCCACUGUACCUACUGGCUUUGAACAAACAGCUGCAGAUGAAGUGAGAGAGAAAUUGAAGUCAUCUUGCAGAAUCAGCAAAGAUCGGGGCAAGAUAUAUUUUGAUAUUGCAGUGGAAAGUCUGGCUCAGGUUCAUUGUCUGAGAUCAGUUGAUAACUUGUUUGUGGUUGUUCAGGAGUUUAAAGAUUACCAGUUCAAAGCUACAAAGGAAGAAGUUCUAAGAGACUUUGAAGAACUGGCUGGAAAACUCCCAUGGUCAGACCCUUUAAAAGUCUGGCAAAUUAACACCACUUUCAAGAAGAAGAAAGCAAAGCGCAGAAAGGCAAAUCAGAGUGCAGAUAAAGAGAAGGCUGACUGUGGACAAGGAGACAAAGCAGAUGAGAAAGACGGUAAGAAAAAGCAUGCCAGCAGCACUUCAGAGUCACAUAUCUUGGACUAUUAUGAAAAUCCAGCCAUCAAAGAAGAGAUAUCAACCUUAGUAGGUGAUGUCUUGGCAUCUUCCAAAGAUGAAACUGGUCAAAGCUUAAGAGAAGAAACUGAACCACAAGUACAGAAGUUUAGAGUCACCUGCAACAGAGCAGGAGAGAAACACUGCUUUACCUCCAAUGAGGCUGCAAGAGAUUUUGGGGGUGCUAUUCAAGAGUACUUUAAGUGGAAGGCUGAUAUGACCAACUUUGAUGUAGAGGUUCUCCUGAACAUCCAUGAUAAUGAAGUCAUUGUUGCUAUUGCACUGACAGAAGAGAGUCUCCAUCGCAGAAAUAUCACACAUUUUGGACCUACAACUCUUAGGUCAACUCUUGCCUAUGGGAUGCUCAGGCUCUGUGAACCUAAACCUACUGAUGUAAUAGUGGAUCCAAUGUGUGGAACUGGGGCAAUACCAAUAGAGGGGGCUACUGAAUGGUCUCACUGUUACCAUAUUGCUGGGGACAACAACCCACUGGCAGUGAACAGAGCAGCAAAUAACAUCUCAUCUCUCUUGAUUAAGAGCCAGAUUAAAGAUGGAAAAACAUCCUGGGGUUUGCCCAUUGAUGCUGUUCAGUGGGAUAUCUGCAACCUCCCACUGCGAACUGCUUCUGUGGAUAUUAUUGUAACAGAUAUGCCAUUUGGAAAAAGGAUGGGCUCCAAGAAGAGAAAUUGGAAUCUGUAUCCAGCUUGCCUUCGGGAAAUGAGCCGUGUCUGUCGACCAGGGACAGGUAGAGCAGUACUGCUCACUCAGGACAAGAAGUGUUUUACCAAGGCCUUAUCUGGAAUGGGACAUGUGUGGCGAAAGGUCCAUACAGUCUGGGUGAACAUCGGGGGCCUUCAUGCUGCAGUUUAUCUUCUAAAACGCACUCCUCAAGCCUUUGUUCAUCCUUCAGAUCAAGAUGGAGAAAGAGACCCUCCUUGGUAAAGAAAAGAAUGAAGACAACUUAACAGUAUUUGUAGUUCCUAACACUGGAAACGUCAGCAUAAAGAACUUGCUUUGGGAGAAUAGCAGAAAAGUAACUAAGUAUUUAUUACAGGUUACACUGCUUAACUACUCCAGAAUGCUUUAUUGUUAGCAAGGUGAUUGUAAUGGUAUUUUCUUUAGAAGCCUACAUUGCUUGGCUUCUAAGUUUCAGAACACUUUAAGCCAUAUUGUAUUGCUUGUGCAGCCUACUGUUCUAUGAUCUAAAUUCUUUGUAUCAUUUCAGAAACAGAAACAUCCCUCAAGACCUAGUUUAUCAUCUGCUUUAAAAUAAAUACAUACAACCUAAACAGGGCAAAGAUGCUUUGUGUAGUAAGAUGCUCUUAGACAUUACUAAGUAGUAGAAGCAUCAGUAGAUGAGGUAUAAGACCAACAAGCCUAAUUAAAGGAAUUUCUCUUUAAGU